UUUCUCGGCGCCUGCCUGCACUUAUGCCUGGUGCAGCUCCUUCGCAGCCCUCCUGCCAACCUGCUGCCGCCCGCUGCCCCGGAGGAGCCGCAGCCCAGCCGCACGCCCGGAGCCCGGCCCAGGGGAGCCCCCGCGGGCGCUGCCGUUCCCCCCGGUGCGGGGCCGCCGCCACGCACGGAGCAAGGGCAGAGCAUGGCCCCAGCCCUGCCGCCGCCGCUGCUGCUGCUCUGGGUGUUUGUCCCCACCGUGGUCCCGCAGGCGUUCGGCCCCGGAGAUGGCACAGAGGACCUCAAGGCUCUGCAGGUGUCCAUCCCACGGCAGCCAGCCCUCGACGCCGUGCUGGCAGGCGACAUCACCAUCCCCUGUCUCAUCAGCUACCUCGGCCCCCCGCCCUCGGGCGGCCGCCGGGCGGUCCUGGGCACCCCCCGGGUCAAGUGGACCUUCAUCUCUGAGGGCAGGGAGGCGGAGAUCCUGGUGGCUCGGGGGGACCGGGUGAAGGUGAGCGAGGAUUACCGGCUGCGCGCCUCCCUGCCCAUCUUCCACCGGCGCUACACCAACGCCUCCCUGCUGCUCACCGAGCUGCGCCCCAACGACUCGGGCAUCUACCGCUGCGACGUGCAGCACGGCAUCGAGGACGGCCACGCCAUCCUCCACCUCAAAGUCAAAGGGGUGGUGUUCCACUACCGGGAGGGCUCCAUGCGCUACGCCUACACCUUCGCCGAGGCGCAGGAGGCUUGUGCCAGGAUCGGUGCCAGCAUCGCCACCCCCGAGCAGCUCUACGCCGCCUACCUGGGGGGCUACGAGCAGUGUGACGCCGGCUGGAUCGCCGACCAGACCGUCAGGUACCCCAUCCAGACACCCCGCGAGGCUUGCUACGGAGACAUGAACGGCUUCCCUGGGGUGAGGAACUACGGCGUGGUGGACCCGGAGGACAUGUACGAUGUGUACUGCUACGCUGAGGACCUCCCAGGGGAAAUCUUUCUGGAGACGGCCCCGGCGCGGUUCACGCUGGAGGAGGCGGCGCAGCGCUGCCGGGCGCUGGGCGCGGAGCUGGCGAGCCCGGGCCAGCUGUACGCGGCCUGGAACGCGGGGCUGGACGCCUGCAGCCCCGGCUGGCUGGCCGACGGCAGCGUCCGCUACCCCAUCGUCACCCCGCGGGAGCGCUGCGGCGGGGCUCUGCCCGGCGUCAAAACCAUCUUCCUCUUCCGCAACCAGACGGGAUUCCCCGACGCCCAGAGCCGCUACGAUGCCUACUGCUUCCGAGAAGGGACAAACUCUUUCCCUGAGGCUGCAGGAAAAUACCGAGCCCAAGAGCCCGAGGAGAAUCUCCUCCAGGAGAUUGUCACAGUGGCAGAAAAGCUGGAGGAGCUGCAGCUGCCCAGAGCGCACGUGGAGAUUGAGUCGCGAGGGGCCAUUUACGCCGUCCCUUUCUUUGGGGACACUGAUGUGGGAAAGCCGAGCCAGUCCCCUGAAGACGCCCUGGGGCCAGGCGCCCGGCAUCCCCCACUAGCCACCUCCGUGUCCUCAGAGGAGGCGCAGGGAGCAGCGCCGGGCGGGGGCCCCGGCAGCGCAGCGGCGGAGAGCCCGGGCGGAGGGCGAGACCCCGGCCAGCCCACGGAGCCAGAGGGACCCACGGCUGCCCCAGCAGGUGACACGGAGCCGCCCGAGGGCUUUCCUCGUCCGCCCAGCCCCGUCGCCCCCACGCAGCGCCCAGACCGCCCGCGGGACGCCUCGGGGCGGCCGGCCCGCCCCGCCAGCCCGGGGCCACCUGGGCACCGUGCGACAUCGCCAACCAGUGCCACCUCUGCCGCCCCGACAGAGAGCCGAGGAGCCGGCGGGAGCCCCCGCCGCGGGCAGAACUCCGGCGGGGCGAGCACCCCCUUUUCUGCCGCUGAGGACGCCGAACUCUCCGGAGACGCGGUGGAAAGGCCCGGGGCGUCCCCGCUGCCCCCCGCGCCCCGCCAGCCGCAGGACGAGGCAGAGGAGCAGUCGGGAGCCGCGUGGCUCCCCUCGCCCGCCGCCCCGGGGCACCGCAGCGCUGUGCCCGCAGCGACCCCGUGGCACGCAGAGCUCCCCGGCGGCAGCAGCAGCGCCCCGGCCCUGGCAGGAGAGGAGGCAGCGCCGCCGCCGCCGGGCACAGACCGCGGGAUGCCCGCUGCAGCUUCCGAGGAGGAGGAGGAGGAGGAGGAGGAAGAGCAACCUGCUCCCUCCAUUGCCAGCGUGGAGGGUUUCAUUGCAGCCGUUCCUGGAGAAGCAGGUGGCUGCGUCCCCAACCCCUGCCUGAACGGAGGGACCUGCGUGGAGGACGGCGCCCAGCUCGCCUGCGUGUGCCUGCCUGGCUACGGAGGCGGCAGCUGUGAAAGACCCCUGCGCAGCUGCAGCCCCGGCUGGGACAGCUUCCAGGGAGCCUGCUACAGGCACUUCUCCACGCGGAGGAGCUGGGAGGACGCAGAGAGCCAGUGCAGGCACCACGGGGGGCACCUGGCCGCCAUCCUGACCCCCGAGGAGCAGGACUUCAUCAACGACCAGUACAGGGAAUACCAGUGGAUCGGCUUGAACGACCGCACCAUCGAGGGGGAUUUCCAGUGGUCUGACGGGAGCCCCUUGCUCUACGAGAACUGGCACCCCGGGCAGCCCGACAGCUACUUCCUCUCGGGGGAGAACUGCGUGGUCAUCGUGUGGCACGAUGGGGGCCAGUGGAGCGACGUGCCCUGCAACUACCACCUGUCCUACACCUGCAAGAUGGGGCUGGUGCAGUGCGGGCCCCCUCCCGUCCUGAGCGACGCCCGCGCCUUUGGCAAAGCAAAGCAGCGCUACGAGAUCGGCUCCACCGCCCGCUACCGCUGCCGCGCCGGGCUCGCCCCGCGCCGCUCGCCCGUCAUCCGCUGCCGGGAGGACGGCACCUGGGAGCCCCCGCAGCUGGCCUGCCGUCCCGGCGUGGCUCAGCCCCCCCACAACUGAGCGAGUCCCAGAACCUCCCCGAAGCCCGCAUGGGGACAGCGCUGGGACCCCGAUGUGGAGGGAAGCCUCGCUGUUGGGUGUGUGCCCCCUUGUUCGUUUUCUACCUGUACAAAGAAACCCUAAAAAUUAAAGUCCCCUCUGGAAAGGAGCCGGCGGUGACCCAAAAUGCAGCACGGCAGGAGUUUUGUUCCCAGAGUCAGAGCGGAGCUGAAAUCCAGGGGCACGGCUCGGGCAGGGGAUGGCAGUAACCAUCAGCAGCAUCUCCCCCAGCCUGGUGUCCUCAUCCUGGUGGGGACACGGGGACGUCCAAGCUCUGCUGCUGCUGCAGCCGUGCAGAGCUGGCGGCUCUUCUGCACUUCCCUGGAAAGGCAGAAGCUGCUGCAGCAGGCUUGGAGCGGGUUCGUGCUGCCCAAAGCCCCUCUCCGUGCUUCUGUGGGUAUUAAAACCAGUGAAGAGAUGGCA